AUUGCUGCCGGCCAUGGCUGCUACGGACGGUAGAAGCCGGAGAGUUCGGACGAGACAAAUACGCGAUGGCGCAGUCUAUGGCAUGGCUUGUUCUGAUCUUCACAAUUUCUACAUUAACCUUAGUUUCUUCCAUUGAUGAUAAAUGUGCUGCUUGUAAUGCUGUCGCGGAGGAGAUAGAAUGGGGGCUUUCUCGAGAAAAACCCAGGAAUCAUUUGGAUAUGAGACAUCGCUUGGACUCUAAAGGUCAACGCAAAGGGAAGGUGAUUGAUUACAAAGUCAGUGAGCUGAGAGUUGUUGAGCUGUUAGAUGGCCUUUGUGAAAAGAUGCAAGAUUACACUCUUCAGAAGAUUGAUUCAACCAGACAAGAAUGGAUUAAAGUAGAUGACUGGGACAAACUUACAGCUAAUAAACAAGAAGCUCGAGCGUCUUCAAAAGAUAUAUCAUCUUACUGUGGAAGGUUACUUGAGGAAACCGAAGAUGAGUUGGCGGAGUUGAUAAAGAAAGGGUCGGUCAAAGUGGCAGGUGUGAGCAAGAUCCUGUGUCAAGAUUUGAGCAAGCACUGCAACCAGUCAAGUUCCCAGACAUCUGAUGACAUCGACUACGAGGGUGAUAGAUUGGAUGGAGAACUUUGAGAUUGUCGAAUUUAGACUGGAUUGACAGAAGAAUACAAGUGAUGUACCAUCCAACAUGUUAUGGAAAAAAUUUCAUGAUUUGUGUUGGAGCCAUUUAAGGAGACUUAAUUAUGCUGAAGAACAAUUGUUUCUUGAUUCGCACGGCAAAGUUUUGAUUUCAGUUGUCCUAAUAUUCGGAUAGAUUGUUCUUCUUUUCUAUUCUUAAAACUUUCUUGGUCUCUCA